AUGGCCUCAUCUCCUAGAACACUUGACCCGAUAUUAGGCAUAUUCACGGGUUGUUUCGCUUACUACCUGUAUGAGACAAACCCUCGAACAGAACGUCCUCCGGAGCAACGGCUAGUGGAGCUUGUCAGAUGGAAAAUGCAAAAAGGCGCAGUGGAGGGCACUAGUUGGGACUCUGAAGGGAGUUAA